AUGUCCUUGCAAAGUGGAAGGCAAUCAAGACGUAUCUCUUGGUCGCCUUUACCUGCUACAAAGCAGCUUUUUUUACUCUAUAGUGGCACAGAUCUCAAACUAUGCGAAUGGACUGGACAGGAUUCCCAGCCUGGCACAGAUUCUGUUCACCAAACUCGAGCAGUCGCGAUCCACACGAAUACUGCUCUUAUAAAGUCGGUAUCGUGGUGUCAAGAUUCAAAAUUUCCAGGAGUAUUUGCAAUAGGAAACGUUUCUGGAAAAGUCAGUCUUGUUAAUCUAGCCAGUUUUUCAGUGCUUGAUGGACUAUCGUGGCUUACAAGUACAGACCAGCAGUUUAUGUCUGAAACACCCAGCAACGGGAUUUCUUCUGAAACACUAUUGUUUUAUCGGUCGCUUUUAAAAAAUUGUAAUCAUAUCCCUCUUCGUAGCGAAUAUGUACCAUCCAACACUCGUUCGUGUAAUGUAGUGUCGUUUUCGCCUACCAAUACGCAACUUUUGCUUGCAGGAUUCGAUAAAGUACGCAGCGAUCAUUGCUUGUAUAUUUGGGAUAUUUGUAGCACACAGGCAGAAAAAGAAAAGUCUGAAAUUCCAUCUUCAAAAAAUGUAACCGCCUUUGAAUCUCCUUCACUUAAAAAAGCAAUUUUUCGAUGCGGCUCAUCUGAAGGUAUAAGCUCGGCAGCUUGGAUGAUGGACAGUGCAGCACGAGUUGUUGUGGGAAUAGGCUUUCGAUCUAUUCGGUCAUACGAUCUUCGAGUUGACAGUGGCCAGGGGCCUGUGUUUUCUGUGAAUACCAAGGCUAUUCAUGGACUUGCAGCAGAUCCUUUCUGCAUCAAUAGAUUCACAUCGUUUGGAGAUGAUGGAAUUGUACGCGUAUGGGAUGAACGAAAAAUCACCGAACCAAUCUUGACUCUAAAUCCUGAAUUUCGGUUUGGAAUUUCCAAUAUUUCUUGGUCACCAACUCGAUAUGGCUUGUUACAAUGCUCUGGGAAAGAUUCUUCUACCAUUAAAUUUUUCCAUAUUCAUGAUGCAUUUAAAGAGAAUACCAAUAAUGCCUUGGUGCCUUCAUUUAACCAAGUGGAACAUGAUUUGCAGUACCCACCCCAGUCUGAGCCAGUUGAUCAUCAUUCUGUAUCGCUUGCAUCCAACGUGCUUGUAAAGUCUCAACAUCCUGUUACAUCGCCAUCUGCUUAUACUUUAAAAGGAGUUGACGUGCCACUUUCCACACAGGAGUCUAGAAUGGCUUUUGGAUACGAGUCCUUUAUUUGGAAAAAUCAGAGUGUGCGAACAAAUGAUGGCAUGAUAUCAGAUUUUACGUGGAUACCAUAUCAGUGCCAUUUUAGCCUAUAUGCCACCACGUUUGUAGGCGAUGAAAAAAUCCGUAUUUCUAAACUUCCAAGUGUAUCACAGCUGUCAUUUUCACCAUCGGAUUCAGCUGAAAGGUCACAAGAUGAGGAUCUCGACAUUGCUACAUCAAUGUGCAACCGAGUUCAAGAAGGUUAUGGAUUUGAUUGCCAAUUGAAUAUCAAGAUAUCUUCAAGUAACCAGCAAUUGAAUUCUCUUUGGCAGCUUAUCUCAAUGAUUAUAGCUGAGCCGGUGGUAGACGGAUCAUUCGAUGUUUGCAAUCCAAGAUUGUCUAGUGGGGACCCAGGGUUUCGUGCUACAGAUUCUCAACAAAAUACAUCAAUAAUUGAUAAAGCUGGAAUGAUUGGCAUACUGCAAUUGAUUACGUCGCGAGAACCUGAUACAGUAGCAAGUAGUUUUGCUGACGAAAACACUGUUUCAGGUCUUUCAAGCAAAAGGAUUUUAGCACUUAGACUUUGUGGAUACAGUAUAGAUCAGACUGCAGAAAGAGAUGACCUGGAUCCAGUUUCUUUAAACUUCGAUCAACACGGAUACUACGAAAGAAUGGCGGGUAUGGAGUUGUUUUAUUCUGGAAAUUUGGAUGGAGCGAUUGAGUGCCUAUAUGCUUCCAAAGUCUCGUCGCGUUUAUACACAUCAAGUGCUAGUGGUUUACAAGGACAGGAGAUUUUCAAAAACCUGGGUGCUGACCAAACAAACCCUUAUGUGCGAGCAAUGUUUACUUUUGCCACGUCAAAUGGAGACUGGAACUGUGUUUUAAAAGAUGAUUCACUCUCACUUGCAGAUCGUAUUGCAGUUGCGGUUCGAUUUCUUGUAGUAUUUUUAGAGGAUCUGACAAAAAAGGCGAUUGCGGAAGGCAGAAUAGAUGGAUUGCUGCUUACAGGACUGGGUGCAGCUGGAAUUGAUUUGAUAGAAAGCUAUGUCAAUCAAACUGGUGACAUUCAGACCGCGAGUUUGAUACUGACCAUGUGUGGAUUGGAUGCUUCAGCUGAUGCUCGUGUUGAUAACUGGAUUGAAACAUAUCGAGGACUACUUGAUCGAUGGCAACUGUACCACCAGCGAGCCCAUUUUGAUAUUCAGCGACGAAAGAAAGCGCUUCUAGUUUCAUCAAUGAGACGCUUUUCAUCUCGUUUAGCUCACACAACAGUGCCAGUUGUAGAUCGGAUAUCUCCACAAGUGCAUGUUCGUUGCAAUUUCUGCUCUCAGCCAAUUUCCAAUAUCAUUCAGCAUAAACGUUCACCGCAGCUUGUUGGAAUGCUGGCUACAGGUGUUCAAAAACACAAGUCGACCACUUGCCAGCACUGUGGUAAAUCGUUGCCUAGAUGUGCAAUCUGUUGUCAGUCGAUGGGAGGAAACAUGGAGUCGAUCUACAGUGCAAUGCCUGCACUUGGGAUUGUCAAUGAUUCUGAUACAGAGCAUCCUGCAAAGAUCGAUUCUUGGUUUACAUGGUGUCAAAGUUGUAAACACGGUGGUCACACAAGACAUAUUUUAGACUGGUUUAAACAGCAUUCUUAUUUGAGGCAUAGUCUUUGCCAGACCAUCUACUAUACAGUAAAGUUUGGUCAGGUUGAACAAGGUUCAAUGUCAUACAAAACAGAUGAGAAAUGA